GAUUCCUAAGAAUGUAUCUGUAAUUGUUAGAAGAAUUCCUAUUGGAGGUGUGAAAUCUACAAGCAAGGCGGACGCUAGACGUCGCACGGAACCAGUGAUGGGCACUUCAACAGUCACUGAUACCUCUUCUGCAUCUAUUUCUCUGGCCCAGCUUACGCAGACUGCCAAUCUGGCUGAAGCCAAUGCUUCCGAAGAAGAUAAAAUUAAAGCCAUGAUGUCGCAAUCUGGCCGUGCAUACAGCCCCGUCAAUUACGUGAAGGAGCCUCUAGGUCCACCACCUCCAUCUUAUACCUGUUUUCGCUGUGGUAGACCCGGCCAUUACAUUAAGAACUGCCCAACAAACGGGGAUGAACGCUUCGAACCUUGCCCUAGGAUUAAAAAGAGCACUGGAAUCCACAGAAGUUUCAUGAUGGAAGUGAAAGAUCCAAACAUGAAAGGUGCAAAGCUCACCAACACUGGAACAUACACAAUACCAACUAUAAAGGCAGAGGCAUAUGCAAUUGGGAAGAAAGAAAGGCCACCUUUCUUACCAGAGGAGCCCUCUUCGUCUUCUGAAAAGGACGACCCUAUCCCAGACGAGUUGCUGUGUCCCAUCUGCAAAGAUAUUGUGACUGAUGCCGCUAUCAUUCCCUGCUGUGCAAACAGCUAUUGUGAUGAAUGUAUAAGAACAGCGCUCUUGGAAUCAGAGGACCACACGUGCCCAACGUGUCAUCAACAUGAUGUCUCUCCCGAUGCUUUAAUUGCCAAUAAAUUCUUGCGACAGGCUGUUACUAACUUCAAAAAUGGAACUGGUGGUUAUACAAAAAGACUGCGGAAACAGUUACCCCCACCACCACCCCCGAUACCGCCUCCGAGACCUCUCAUUCAGCGGAAUCUAUAGCCUCUGAUGAGAUCUCCAAU